UUGAGUGCACGUGAGAAUAUGUAGGUGUGCUAUACAUAUAUAUAUACGUAUAGCUGAGCGACGCUGCCCAGAUCGCACUGAUCAACGGACUGCACAAGAACGUGAACGUGUGAAAUAUUGUAUAACAUCGUAUUCCGUAUUCACGCAGUCGGUAUUGUCACGGAAAAGCAAAAGGCACGUUGUCAGAAAAAAAAGGAUAAAUAAGAAGAGGCGGAAGUGGCGAGUAGACCUGACCAAAGAGCCGAAAGCGAAGAACACGUGAUAACCGUACAGGAAGAAACUGUGGAAACGUAUCGGAAAACGCCAUGGACGGAAUAAAUAGGCCUGAGCCGCUUCGGAUAAAAGGAAAUCUAGAGGACAACUGGAGGAGAUUCAAACGAGAUUACGAUCUUUUUAUGACCGCGACGGGCAGGGCUGCGCAAUCGAAGGACGUACAGGCAGCAACGUUGCUCAAUCUGAUAGGCAGCGAGGCGAUAGAUGUCUUCGAAACGUUGGACGUAAGUGAAGCGGACAAGAAAGACCCUGAAAAAAUAAUAACAGCUUUCCAGAAUUACGUCGAGCCGCAGAAAAAUGAAAUCUACGAGAGGUUUCUGUUCCUCCGCAGAAAACGAAUCAACGGUGAGAAAUUGGAACAUUACAUAUCAGACCUGAAAAAAAUAGCAAGAAACUGCAACUAUGGCACAUUGACGGACUCCUUGAUCAGGGACAAUAUAAUAUAUCACAUGUCGGACCUGGGGCUGCAACAAUCGGCACUAAAAUGUCGGGAUCUUCAAUUGGAAUCGUUGAUUAAAAUGAUGAGAGAGCAUGAUAUAAUCAGAAGUCAAACAAACGAUAUACAGGGAGGUACGAUUCAAAGAAUAAAUGAUAUACGCAUUAACACAAGGCAGGAUCGUUACAGCAAUGACGAUAAUAUAGGGAUGGGAGGAGGAUGCGGCGACGUAGAAGAACGACACAGACCAAAUUGGAGAAGCAGGGUAGAAGUAUUAGAGCGCUAUAGGACAAGGUCUGCAUCGAGGAUCGGGUGCUGGAAAGACGGGUUCACAUGCAAACGAUGCAAUGGGCAACAUGGGCCUAAUAUGUGUCCAGCGUUUGGUAAACAGUGUGAGAAAUGUUUAAAGUUCAACCAUACUGCAGUUGCAUGCCAAACAAUGGAGAGUAGCAGCACUAGGAUCCGCAAUAUAUUCGGUAGUGAAUGCGAUAGUUCAGAGGAGAUAGGAUAAUUAGCGUAAGGUACCAUUAAAUAAUGCUGUACGUGCAAACAGAAUGAAUGCGCAUUAAGAUUCACUAUGAUAAAUGGAGAAGCAGAAGUUCUGUUAGGGUUAGGGGCGUGCAGAGCGUAAUAAUAAAUACAAUAAACAAGAUAAGAGAAAUAAAUAUGUAAAACAAA